AUGGAGACAGAAGAUAAUAUUGCUAGAGGACUCCAAGUGAGCCAAGAUCGAGCAGAGGAACAUCCUCCAGCUCAUGAAAAAGAUCGUAAGGUUAUGGCGUUGGCAACUCUUCUUGAAGAUGAAAAAGGCAUCGAAGAGACGCAUUGCACGGCGAGGAUUCACGAGAACAUAGACGAUCCAGAACGUAGCGACUUUUUCAGCACACGAGCUGGCAGAAUCAGCACUCUUAACAGCCUCAAUCUCCCUGUUCCACGUUUAGUAAGGCUUAACGCCAUUAGAGGCGUUCUCUACAGCGGAGGAAUGAUGUUGCCGCAUUGGACCGCAAACGCACACACCGUGCUAUACGUUACAGGCGGUCAAGCCAAGAUACAAGUAGUUGACGACAACGGCUUUGCGGUUGUCAAAACCGCUGGUGAAACAGGGUUCGAGUGGAUAGCGUUCAAGACGAACGACAAUGCUUACAUGAACACACUCAGCGGUGGAACAUCGUACUUGAGAGCGGUUCCCGUGGAUGUGAUCAAAGCGGCGUAUGGAGUGACCGAGGAAGAAGCCAAGCGGGUCAAGUUUAGUCAGCAAGAGACAAUGUUGGCUAUGACACUAAGCUCUUAA